UGACGUCACGUGGACUCAGAUAAUACAACAGUUGACAAGCGUAUUUUUUUACACACUUCUCAAACUUAAAAGGGAAUGACAGGUUACGCUCUUACGUCAGAAUGGUUUUAGAGUACCAGGAGAAAUGUAAUGAGAAGAAAACACCCCUGUUCUAUUUUUGGACCCGCCCCCUGAGAUUGUCAGGCACAGUGACAUUUUGCUUGCGAUAAACCAGGAUCUUGCAUUGAUUCACUGCGGAAGUCAUGGCCGCGAAGAUAUUUUAUGGAACUUUAUGCCACUCCACAGCCGAUGACCCUAUGGUAAUACUGGAGGAUCACAUUCUUGGGGUGAAAAAUGGAAAGAUCCAACUUGUCAAGGACUCCUCUUAUCUCGAUGAAGCCUUAUCAGAAUUGGGGCUUCAGGAAAAUGAUGUUAAGUACCUCAAAAAAGGGAAAUUUCUUAUGCCUGGUUUGAUUGACACCCACAUCCAUGCUUCCCAAUAUGUCUACACUGGCACAGCCAUGGAGUUACAUCUGCUUGAUUGGCUGAAAAAUUAUACAUAUCCCAUUGAAGCAAACUUUGAAGACCUCAAGUUUGCUGAAGACGUGUAUCAGAAGGCUGUAAAAAGGGUUUUGAAAAAUGGAACUACCACAGCCUGUUACUUUGCUACGAUCCAUGUUGAUGCCACACUGAAAUUAUGUGAUAUAGUUGAAAAUGCUGGUCAGAGAGCAUACAUUGGCAAAGUCAACAUGGAUGCCUAUUCCCCACAUUACUAUGUUGAGACAACGCAGGAGUCCAAAGAGGAAACAGAAAAAUUUGUAACCAAGAUUCUUAAGAAAAAUAAUCCACUCAUAAAACCAGUGAUCACACCACGGUUUGCCCCCAACUGCACCCUAGAGCUGAGCAAAUAUCUAGGACAUUUGGCUAAACAGUAUGAUUUGCCAAUACAGAGUCACAUAUCAGAGACCACAGAUGAGGUGGAAUGGGUGAAGGAAUUGUUUCCAGGGUCCAAACAUUAUGCAGAUGUUUAUGAUCAGUGUAACCUCUUGACUGACAAGACGGUGAUGGCCCAUGGAGUUUACCUGUCAGAUGAAGAGCUUAAACUUUUUAAAUCUACAGGCACAGGAAUUUCACAUUGCCCAAACUCAAACCUCAGCCUGCGUAGUGGCAUGAUGGAUGCAAGAAGAGUUUUGGACAUGGGGGUGAAACUUGGUCUUGGCACAGAUGUUUCUGGUGGCUACCACCCGUCCAUGCUAGAUGCCAUACGCACAGCCGUCCAAGUCUCCAAUGUCAUCAGCCUUGACAUGCAUACUGAUUACAAGAGCUUGAGUCACCGUGAAGCUUUUAAAUUGGCCACUCUAGGGGGAAGUGAAGUUUUGGGCCUGUCAGACAAGACUGGCAACUUUGAGGUGGGAAAAGAAUUCGAUGCUCUAUUGGUGGACACCACUGUUGUUGAGGGGCCUGUUGACAUUUUCAAGAGGGACUCAACUGAUGAUAUCAUACAGAAAUUUCUAUUUUUAGGUGAUGACAGAAACAUACAAGAGGUUUAUGUGGCUGGAAAACAGGUGCUUUAGAAUAUUCACUAGGAGCACGCCUUUCAAUGCCAAGGAUUCCAUGAUUCCUUUCACCUAUGAAACUUAGAAAAUUUUAAAUGUUGGACCCCAUUCCCAUAUAUUUUAGAUCGAUCUAUCCCUGUGGGGAGUCUCACUAGGUUACUGUCAGCUUCUGUCCUGCCUUCUAAAAGCUGUAAAGGGGUGAUUAAAGUCAUAAUAACUCUUCGUUUUGGCCAAAAAUUGGAUUUUCCUGAAAAA